AUGGGAAGCUGGGCGGGAGAGGAGAGAAACCGCUUUGUGGAGCCGGAGGAGGUGUUUGGGAUCAUGGAUAAGGCACUCAAUGUGCGGGUGACGUGGAACAGAGGCCUGCUGACUUACCUCCUCGUGCAGGCAGUGGAGAAGACGUGGGCGGACAGUCUAAAGGACAUGGGCAUGCGGCCUCCCUUUGCCUUUGGCUGUAUCCUGCGCUUCCUGCUCAAGCCGCAGCCAGAGGUCAUGUCUCGAGUGCAAGCCAUCUACCACCACCUCCUCUCGCCUUCCCCCUCCUCCCCUCCCCACACGCACUCCCCCUUCCGCCCAUCGCACCCGCUCCCCUCCUUUGGCCCUUCGAACCGAGGGGUGGUGGUGGUGGGGGUGCACAUAAGAGCGGGGGACACGGUGGUGUGGGAGGGCGAGUGGGGGUUUGGAGAUCCCAAGGCUCUCAACGCCACUCAGAUGGAUGUGCUGCUGUCGUGGGCUGACCAGUACAUAUCAUGUGCCAAGGCGCUGGAGGAGUGGUGGGUGCCCUCGCCGCCCUACGAGGUGCGCUGGCUUGUUGUCACCAACUCUCUGCCGCUCAAGUCGGCUCUCUGGCUCAAAUACCCUCACAGGGUGGUGGUAUCAGACAUAGUCCCUCGCCACGUCAACACGUUGACAUCGCCCCAAGACCCCACACGCACUGACACACACCCUCCUUCAUCGCAAGAUAUUUCGCCUGCUCAUUUCACUCCGGAAGAGGGGGCUUCCACAUACAUUGACAUUGGUGGGUAUGAGACGUCUCAAACCACCCUUCUUUCACAUGGUGGGUAUGAGACGUCUCAAACCACCCUUCUUUCACAUGGUGGGUAUGAGACGUCUCAAACCACCCUUCUUUCACAUGGUGGGUAUGAGACGUCUCAAACCACCCUUCUUUCACAUGGUGGGUAUGAGACGUCUCAAACCACCCUUCUUUCACAUGGUGGGUAUGAGACGUCUCAAACCACCCUUCUUUCACAUGGUGGGUAUGAGACGUCUCAAACCACCCUUCUUUCACAUGGUGGGUAUGAGACGUCUCAAACCACCCUUCUUUCACAUGGUGGGUAUGAGACGUCUCAAACCACCCUUCUUUCACAUGGUGGGUAUGAGACGUCUCAAACCACCCUUCUUUCACAUGGUGGGUAUGAGACGUCUCAAACCAGCCUUCUUUCACAUGGUGGGUAUGAGACGUCUCAAACCACCCUUCUUUCACAUGGUGGGUAUGAGACGUCUCAAACCACCCUUCUUUCACAUGGUGGGUAUGAGACGUCUCAAACCACCCUUCUUUCACAUGGUGGGUAUGAGACGUCUCAAACCACCCUUCUUUCACAUGGUGGGUAUGAGACGUCUCAAACCAGCCUUCUUUCACAUGGUGGGUAUGAGACGUCUCAAACCACCCUUCUUUCACAUGGUGGGUAUGAGACGUCUCAAACCACCCUUCUUUCACAUGGUGGGUAUGAGACGUCUCAAACCACCCUUCUUUCACAUGGUGGGUAUGAGACGUCUCAAACCACCCUUCUUUCACAUGGUGGGUAUGAGACGUCUCAAACCACCCUUCUUUCACAUGGUGGGUAUGAGACGUCUCAAACCACCCUUCUUUCACAUGGUGGGUAUGAGACGUCUCAAACCACCCUUCUUUCACAUGGUGGGUAUGAGACGUCUCAAACCACCCUUCUUUCACAUGGUGGGUAUGAGACGUCUCAAACCACCCUUCUUUCACAUGGUGGGUAUGAGACGUCUCAAACCACCCUUCUUUCACAUGGUGGGUAUGAGACGUCUCAAACCACCCUUCUUUCACAUGGUGGGUAUGAGACGUCUCAAACCACCCUUCUUUCACAUGGUGGGUAUGAGACGUCUCAAACCACCCUUCUUUCACAUGGUGGGUAUGAGACGUCUCAAACCACCCUUCUUUCACAUGGUGGGUAUGAGACGUCUCAAACCACCCUUCUUUCACAUGGUGGGUAUGAGACGUCUCAAACCACCCUUCUUUCACAUGGUGGGUAUGAGACGUCUCAAACCACCCUUCUUUCACAUGGUGGGUAUGAGACGUCUCAAACCACCCUUCUUUCACAUGGUGGGUAUGAGACGUCUCAAACCAGCCUUCUUUCACAUGGUGGGUAUGAGACGUCUCAAACCACCCUUCUUUCACAUGGUGGGUAUGAGACGUCUCAAACCACCCUUCUUUCACAUGGUGGGUAUGAGACGUCUCAAACCACCCUUCUUUCACAUGGUGGGUAUGAGACGUCUCAAACCACCCUUCUUUCACAUGGUGGGUAUGAGACGUCUCAAACCAGCCUUCUUUCACAUGGUGGGUAUGAGACGUCUCAAACCACCCUUCUUUCACAUGGUGGGUAUGAGACGUCUCAAACCACCCUUCUUUCACAUGGUGGGUAUGAGACGUCUCAAACCACCCUUCUUUCACAUGGUGGGUAUGAGACGUCUCAAACCACCCUUCUUUCACAUGGUGGGUAUGAGACGUCUCAAACCACCCUUCUUUCACAUGGUGGGUAUGAGACGUCUCAAACCACCCUUCUUUCACAUGGUGGGUAUGAGACGUCUCAAACCACCCUUCUUUCACAUGGUGGGUAUGAGACGUCUCAAACCACCCUUCUUUCACAUGGUGGGUAUGAGACGUCUCAAACCACCCUUCUUUCACAUGGUGGGUAUGAGACGUCUCAAACCACCCUUCUUUCACAUGGUGGGUAUGAGACGUCUCAAACCACCCUUCUUUCACAUGGUGGGUAUGAGACGUCUCAAACCACCCUUCUUUCACAUGGUGGGUAUGAGACGUCUCAAACCACCCUUCUUUCACAUGGUGGGUAUGAGACGUCUCAAACCACCCUUCUUUCACAUGGUGGGUAUGAGACGUCUCAAACCACCCUUCUUUCACAUGGUGGGUAUGAGACGUCUCAAACCACCCUUCUUUCACAUGGUGGGUAUGAGACGUCUCAAACCACCCUUCUUUCACAUGGUGGGUAUGAGACGUCUCAAACCACCCUUCUUUCACAUGGUGGGUAUGAGACGUCUCAAACCACCCUUCUUUCACAUGGUGGGUAUGAGACGUCUCAAACCACCCUUCUUUCACAUGGUGGGUAUGAGACGUCUCAAACCACCCUUCUUUCACAUGGUGGGUAUGAGACGUCUCAAACCACCCUUCUUUCACAUGGUGGGUAUGAGACGUCUCAAACCACCCUUCUUUCACAUGGUGGGUAUGAGACGUCUCAAACCACCCUUCUUUCACAUGGUGGGUAUGAGACGUCUCAAACCACCCUUCUUUCACAUGGUGGGUAUGAGACGUCUCAAACCACCCUUCUUUCACAUGGUGGGUAUGAGACGUCUCAAACCACCCUUCUUUCACAUGGUGGGUAUGAGACGUCUCAAACCACCCUUCUUUCACAUGGUGGGUAUGAGACGUCUCAAACCACCAUUCUUUCAUAUGGUGGGUAUGAGACGUCUCAAACCACCCUUCUUUCACAUGGUGGGUAUGAGACGUCUCAAACCACCCUUCUUUCACAUGGUGGGUAUGAGACGUCUCAAACCACCCUUCUUUCACAUGGUGGGUAUGAGACGUCUCAAACCACCCUUCUUUCACAUGGUGGGUAUGAGACGUCUCAAACCACCCUUCUUUCACAUGGUGGGUAUGAGACGUCUCAAACCACCCUUCUUUCACAUGGUGGGUAUGAGACGUCUCAAACCACCCUUCUUUCACAUGGUGGGUAUGAGACGUCUCAAAACCACCCUUUUUUCACAUGGUGGACGUCUCAAACCGCCCUUCUUUCACAUGGUGGGUAUGAGACGUCUCAAACCACCCUUCUUUCACAUGGUGGGUAUGAGACGUCUCAAACCACCCUUCUUUCACAUGGUGGGUAUGAGACGUCUCAAACCACCCUUCUUUCACAUGGUGGGUAUGAGACGUCUCAAACCACCCUUCUUUCACAUGGUGGGUAUGAGACGUCUCAAACCACCCUUCUUUCACAUGGUGGGUAUGAGACGUCUCAAACCACCCUUCUUUCACAUGGUGGGUAUGAGACGUCUCAAACCACCCUUCUUUCACAUGGUGGGUAUGAGACGUCUCAAACCACCCUUCUUUCACAUGGUGGGUAUGAGACGUCUCAAACCACCCUUCUUUCACAUGGUGGGUAUGAGACGUCUCAAACCACCCUUCUUUCACAUGGUGGGUAUGAGACGUCUCAAACCACCCUUCUUUCACAUGGUGGGUAUGAGACGUCUCAAACCACCCUUCUUUCACAUGGUGGGUAUGAGACGUCUCAAACCACCCUUCUUUCACAUGGUGGGUAUGAGACGUCUCAAACCACCCUUCUUUCACAUGGUGGGUAUGAGACGUCUCAAACCACCAUUCUUUCAUAUGGUGGGUAUGAGACGUCUCAAACCACCCUUCUUUCACAUGGUGGGUAUGAGACGUCUCAAACCACCCUUCUUUCACAUGGUGGGUAUGAGACGUCUCAAACCACCCUUCUUUCACAUGGUGGGUAUGAGACGUCUCAAACCACCCUUCUUUCACAUGGUGGGUAUGAGACGUCUCAAACCACCCUUCUUUCACAUGGUGGGUAUGAGACGUCUCAAACCACCCUUCUUUCACAUGGUGGGUAUGAGACGUCUCAAACCACCCUUCUUUCACAUGGUGGGUAUGAGACGUCUCAAAACCACCCUUUUUUCACAUGGUGGACGUCUCAAACCGCCCUUCUUUCACAUGGUGGGUAUGAGACGUCUCAAACCACCCUUCUUUCACAUGGUGGGUAUGAGACGUCUCAAACCACCCUUCUUUCACAUGGUGGGUAUGAGACGUCUCAAACCACCCUUCUUUCACAUGGUGGGUAUGAGACGUCUCAAACCACCCUUCUUUCACAUGGUGGGUAUGAGACGUCUCAAACCACCCUUCUUUCACAUGGUGGGUAUGAGACGUCUCAAACCACCCUUCUUUCACAUGGUGGGUAUGAGACGUCUCAAACCACCCUUCUUUCACAUGGUGGGUAUGAGACGUCUCAAACCACCCUUCUUUCACAUGGUGGGUAUGAGACGUCUCAAACCACCCUUCUUUCACAUGGUGGGUAUGAGACGUCUCAAACCACCCUUCUUUCACAUGGUGGGUAUGAGACGUCUCAAACCACCCUUCUUUCACAUGGUGGGUAUGAGACGUCUCAAACCACCCUUCUUUCACAUGGUGGGUAUGAGACGUCUCAAACCACCCUUCUUUCACAUGGUGGGUAUGAGACGUCUCAAACCACCCUUCUUUCACAUGGUGGGUAUGAGACGUCUCAAACCACCCUUCUUUCACAUGGUGGGUAUGAGACGUCUCAAACCAGCCUUCUUUCACAUGGUGGGUAUGAGACGUCUCAAACCACCCUUCUUUCACAUGGUGGGUAUGAGACGUCUCAAACCACCCUUCUUUCACAUGGUGGGUAUGAGACGUCUCAAACCACCCUUCUUUCACAUGGUGGGUAUGAGACGUCUCAAACCACCCUUCUUUCACAUGGUGGGUAUGAGACGUCUCAAACCAGCCUUCUUUCACAUGGUGGGUAUGAGACGUCUCAAACCACCCUUCUUUCACAUGGUGGGUAUGAGACGUCUCAAACCACCCUUCUUUCACAUGGUGGGUAUGAGACGUCUCAAACCACCCUUCUUUCACAUGGUGGGUAUGAGACGUCUCAAACCACCCUUCUUUCACAUGGUGGGUAUGAGACGUCUCAAACCACCCUUCUUUCACAUGGUGGGUAUGAGACGUCUCAAACCACCCUUCUUUCACAUGGUGGGUAUGAGACGUCUCAAACCACCCUUCUUUCACAUGGUGGGUAUGAGACGUCUCAAACCACCCUUCUUUCACAUGGUGGGUAUGAGACGUCUCAAACCACCCUUCUUUCACAUGGUGGGUAUGAGACGUCUCAAACCACCCUUCUUUCACAUGGUGGGUAUGAGACGUCUCAAACCACCCUUCUUUCACAUGGUGGGUAUGAGACGUCUCAAACCACCCUUCUUUCACAUGGUGGGUAUGAGACGUCUCAAACCACCCUUCUUUCACAUGGUGGGUAUGAGACGUCUCAAACCACCCUUCUUUCACAUGGUGGGUAUGAGACGUCUCAAACCACCCUUCUUUCACAUGGUGGGUAUGAGACGUCUCAAACCACCCUUCUUUCACAUGGUGGGUAUGAGACGUCUCAAACCACCCUUCUUUCACAUGGUGGGUAUGAGACGUCUCAAACCACCCUUCUUUCACAUGGUGGGUAUGAGACGUCUCAAACCACCCUUCUUUCACAUGGUGGGUAUGAGACGUCUCAAACCACCCUUCUUUCACAUGGUGGGUAUGAGACGUCUCAAACCACCCUUCUUUCACAUGGUGGGUAUGAGACGUCUCAAACCACCCUUCUUUCACAUGGUGGGUAUGAGACGUCUCAAACCACCCUUCUUUCACAUGGUGGGUAUGAGACGUCUCAAACCACCCUUCUUUCACAUGGUGGGUAUGAGACGUCUCAAACCACCCUUCUUUCACAUGGUGGGUAUGAGACGUCUCAAACCACCCUUCUUUCACAUGGUGGGUAUGAGACGUCUCAAACCACCCUUCUUUCACAUGGUGGGUAUGAGACGUCUCAAACCACCCUUCUUUCACAUGGUGGGUAUGAGACGUCUCAAACCACCCUUCUUUCACAUGGUGGGUAUGAGACGUCUCAAACCACCCUUCUUUCACAUGGUGGGUAUGAGACGUCUCAAACCACCCUUCUUUCACAUGGUGGGUAUGAGACGUCUCAAACCACCCUUCUUUCACAUGGUGGGUAUGAGACGUCUCAAACCACCCUUCUUUCACAUGGUGGGUAUGAGACGUCUCAAACCACCCUUCUUUCACAUGGUGGGUAUGAGACGUCUCAAACCACCCUUCUUUCACAUGGUGUCCCACGGGUCACUGGUCAUGAAGAAGAGCUGCAGCGUGAAGGAUCGCUUUAG